GUUUCUCUCUUUCUAAUGAAGCUGAUUAACUUCAGCUGUUCCUGCACGAGCCGCACACGCGCGUGCUUCCUCUGUGGUUUCAUGUGUUUGUCUGGUCGGACUUUUCUUCUCUCUCUCCACCACCAGGACCCGGAUCAUGCCGUCUCUGCUCGGACCUGAGACCUGGGACACUUGAUGACACCCUCAGUGUCCCCCUCAGUCUGGACUCCACUGGUGUGAUGAGCCCGGGAGCCUCUCGUGCAGCCUGUGACGCAGGACAACCGCGUCGCGCUUUACCGCACCGCGCCUUACCGCACCGCGCCGUGCGCUCCUGCGAGAAGCGGAAACAGGAGCGCGUCAGUGACUCCCGUGGUCUCCAAGCACUCAACCCUGACGUGAACAUGCCUUCACUGUGGUGACCAGUAUACCCACACACUGAUCCCAGAGCGAGCAGUGUGGGAGGACAGGGACCCGAGCUCUGGAGUUAGACCUGCUGCUGCUGCUGUCGGGAGGAAUCCACCGCGUCCCUCUGUGAGGACGGAGAGCAGCUCCAGUCUGUCACUGCGGGGACAGGAGAAGUGGAUUUGGAUUUAAUUAAUGUUCCCUGUUGAUGGAUGCUGAUGUGGAGCAGGGUCGAGUCCCUGCGGAGGAAUUUAGCAGGGACUGUGUGUGUGAUGUGACAAACAGCUGGAGACACAAAACAUCUGUGUGACCUGUGACACCCAAAGAGAGGAAACACCUGCUCCAGCUGCGGAGAGAAAAGCAGGUUUCUGGAACGAUGUGAAGCUGCUGACGCCCUAAAGCUCGCCUUCCUCGUUGCCUCAGACAUGUCUGACGCAGGAACCUGUACUGCAGGAAAACCCCGGGGUCAGUGUCCUGGUUGAGUAGGCCUCCCUGCUGUGUUUUUUUGCCAGGCCCUUGUUGACAGGGUACUCCAUGAUCUGGCUCACCCUCUCCUCGCCACACCACCCACGACCACCGCUGCAGCCACCUGCGUGUUGAUCGUACGAUCAUAUCACCGCUCCCUUUCCCCGCUGCCUGCCUCACCAAAAAAUGGCGAGGGGUUUGAAACCCCCGAGGGUCGCCAGCCGCUGCCUCCUCUCUCUGCUGAUGCUCGAGAGCUGCUGGCUGCUGGGCUGUGCCUCACAAAAGCCCACCAUCUUAGCCGACUCCCAGCUGCCCCUGCAGGAGUACGCCCACUCCAUCAGGCUGGAUGGUGACAUCAUCUUGGGUGGCUUGUUCCCUGUGCACGCUCGUGGUGAGAGGGGCGUCCCCUGUGGUGAGCUCAAGAAGGAGAAGGGAAUCCACCGGCUGGAGGCCAUGCUGUUUGCCAUUGACCUCAUCAACAAGGACCCGGAGCUGCUGCCCAACGUGACGCUCGGGGCUCGCAUUCUGGACACGUGUUCUCGCGACACCUACGCUCUGGAGCAGUCACUCACAUUCGUGCAGGCCCUCAUUGAGAGGGACGGCUCUGAUGUACGCUGUGCUAAUGGAGACCCGCCCAUCUUCGCCAAGCCGGAUAAAGUGGUGGGCGUCAUCGGGGCGUCAGCAAGCUCCGUCUCCAUCAUGGUUGCAAACAUCCUACGAUUGUUCAAGAUUCCUCAGAUCAGCUACGCCUCGACGGCGCCGGAGCUCAGCGACAACACCCGCUACGACUUCUUCUCCCGCGUGGUCCCUCCGGACUCCUACCAGGCCCAGGCCAUGCUGGACAUCGUCACGGCCAUGGGCUGGAAUUACGUGUCCACGCUCGCCUCGGAGGGAAACUACGGCGAGAGCGGCGUCGAGGCCUUCGUGCAGAUCUCCAGAGACACAGGUGGGGUUUGUAUCGCUCAGUCCCUGAAGGUUCUGCGAGAGCCAAAACCCGGAGACUUCGACAAGAUCGUCCUGCGUCUGCUGGAGACGCCCAACGCCCGGGCUGUCAUCAUGUUCGCCAACGAGGACGACAUCCGGCGAAUCCUGGACGCGGCCAAACGCAAUAACCUGACGGGUCACUUCCUGUGGGUGGGCUCCGACAGCUGGGGCUCUAAGAUCUCUCCGGUGGUCCAGCAGGAGCGAGUGGCUGAGGGCGCCAUCACCAUCCUCCCCAAAAGAGCGUCUGUGGACGCGUUUGAUCGUUACUUCAAGAGUCGCUCUCUGUCCAACAACCGGAGGAACGUCUGGUUCGCUGAGUUCUGGGAGGAGAACUUCGUCUGCAAGCUGGGGAUGCACGGGAAGAGGCCCGGCAGCCCCAAGAAAUGCACAGGUCUGGAGAAAGUGGGCCGGGACUCCACCUACGAGCAGGAGGGAAGUGCAGGAACUCCGGUCACCUUCAACGAGAAUGGCGACGCACCCGGGCGCUACGACAUCUUCCAGUAUCAGAUCAACAACCAGUCCGUCGCAGAGUACAAGGUCAUCGGACACUGGACCAAUCAGCUGCAUCUAAACGUGGAUGCCAUGCAGUGGAGCACAGGCGACCCCUCCCUGCCGCCCUCCGUCUGCAGCCUCCCCUGCCGAACCGGCGAGCGGAAGAAGGUGGUGAAGGGGGUCCCGUGCUGCUGGCACUGCGAGCGCUGCGAGGGUUACCACUUCCAGGCCAGCGAGUUCACCUGCGAGCUCUGCCCGUACGAGAGGAGACCCAACAAGAACCGCACCAGCUGCCAGGCCAUCCCCAUCAUCAAGCUGGAGUGGCACUCGCCCUGGGCCCUGCUGCCCGUCUUCAUCUCCGUCCUGGGCAUCAUCGCCACCACCUUCGUCAUCGUCACCUUCGUGAAAUACAACGACACGCCCAUCGUCCGCGCCUCGGGGCGUGAGAUGAGCUACGUGCUUCUGACGGGCAUCUUCCUGUGUUACAUCAUCACCUUCCCCAUGAUCGCUGCGCCGGAUGUCGCCGUCUGCUCCUUCAGACGCAUCUUCCUCGGCCUCGGCAUGUGCUUCAGUUACUCGGCGCUGCUCACCAAGACGAACCGCAUCCACCGCAUCUUCGAGCAAGGCAAGAAGGCGGUGACGGCGCCGCGCUUCAUCUCCCCGGCCUCCCAGCUGGUCAUCACCUUCUCGCUCAUCUCCGUUCAGCUGCUCGGCGUCCUCGUGUGGUUUAUCGCCGACCCGCCGCACACCUUCGUGGACUACGGCGAGCAGCGCACGCAGGAUCCCGGGAACGCUCGCGGAGUCCUCAAGUGCGACAUCUCGGACCUGUCGCUCAUCUGCUCUCUGGGAUACAGCAUCCUCUUGAUGGUCACAUGCACUGUUUAUGCCAUCAAGACCCGUGGCGUGCCAGAGACCUUUAACGAGGCCAAGCCCAUUGGAUUUACAAUGUACACCACCUGCAUCAUCUGGCUCGCCUUCAUCCCCAUCUUCUUCGGCACGGCGCAGUCGGCUGAGCGGAUGUACAUCCAGACGGCCACGCUGACCGUCUCCCUCAGCCUCAGCGCCUCCGUCUCUCUGGGGAUGCUCUACAUGCCGAAGGUCUACAUCAUCAUCUUCCACCCCGAGCAGAACGUCCCCAAACGGAAACGCAGCUUCAAGGCCAUCGUCACCGCCGCCACCAUGACCAGCAAGCUGUCGCAGCUGGCGGCGGAGCGGCCGAACGGCGAGGUGAAGACGGAGCUGUGCGAGGGUGUGGAGGCUAACGUGCCACCGACAAAAACCACCUACGUCAGCUACACCAACCACGCAAUGUGAAAAAAAACCUGACUCCUGUGAACCGUGGAGAUCCUGGGACAUUCAGACAGGAGACUUCUGUCGGAGUCUGCGACAGAGAUGAGCCGCUCUGAACAAUCUGAGGGAUCAGAACAAACUGAAUCAACACAUCUGUGGUGUGGUGUUUUUAUGUUUACAGAAGAAGAAGAAGAAGAAGGAGCCUGAGCGGCGCCAAAAACCUCAAAGAAUCACAACUGGACACAAACCGAGAGGCCACGAAGGAGCGGGGGGGGAUGGUUUAAAAAAAGAAAAAAGAGUUUAACAAGUCUUCAAGAGGGGGGGUACAAAAAAUUAAUUGUGAGGACCAACCAUAUUUGUUGUGAUUCUAAUUGUACGUUUAAAAAAAAAAAAACUUGUGGUUGUGAAGUUUCUGAUUCUUGUCUCAUGUCGUCCGUCCGUCGACCUGCAUUAUGAGAUGAGUCCGUCGCUGUUUUCGGCUAACUGAACGGUAGCUUUUGGUUGUGAAACGUCUAAAUGCCAUGGUUGAAUUGAAGCAUGCCCGUUUUUUUUAUACAAAUGAUCUAUUUAUAAUAAAGGAAUGUUUCACAA